CUUUCGACGUAGUCACAUUAGUUUUUGUUAUAAAUAUGUAUGGAAGUUGCAGGUAAGCCCAUAAUUCAGAUUCACUGAAUAGGUUCAUAGAUUCUGUCAGAUGGACUCAAACACCUCAGAAUAUUUUAUGAGUCAUGGAAGCCUAUCUUCGGUGUAUUAUCAGGGGAAAGAAGAUGGUAAUGUGAUUGACUUGGGACUCAGUCUUAAGACAUUGCAGCCACAAGCUUAUCAUCCAUCCGGACAUGGAGACUACGGAGAGUUGAUAGACUGGCAACAACUGCAUCCACAGCUUAGAAGUUCAAAUUAUGAUUUCACAAGAAAUGUAACCUAUGAUUCUGCAGAAGACACCGAUGGAGUGCAGAGCAAAUCUCAGUGCACGUAUGUCAAGGCUAACAUGGACGGUGUAGUUGUCGGUCGAAAAGUAUGCUUGUUUGAUCACUCUGAUUACUCCAGUCUUGCAAUGCAACUUGAGGACAUGUUCGGGAAACAGUCUGUAUCAGGAUUACAUCUUUUUCAUGCUGCAUCAGAGUUUUGCUUGUUUUAUAAAGAUAGCGAUGAUCAGUGGAGGACAGUCGGUGAUAUCCCUUGGAGGAAAUUCAUAGAACGUGUGAAGCGACUGAGGAUUGUUCAUAAGAAUGAAGUAGGAAUGUCUUCAUCUGCAUCAUUUUCAUAAAGUUUUCUAUUAUCAGUUCAAGCCUCGUUCAAAACCUUAAGGCAUUACAUUACUUGUUCUUCAAUAUUAUGGAAUUGUAAAACACCAUCUUCAGUGUCUUAGUUAAAUUGGUUAAAUGUCCGAAUUUGUUGGUUAAACUCUACUGCAG